AUGGAGAGCAGGCUUCAAGGGGGCGUGAUUUUAGCGAGUGGGAGUCACAAGUGUGUUGUAGAGGACAGUUUGCUGACAGAUGACUGCAACAAGGAUGACUGUAGCGAGGGAAGCGGUGGCGGGGCGUCGUCCGAGGCUUGGGAUGAGAUUUGCUCCGCUGUAAGCCAAAAACGGGGAGCUACAGUAAAAUGCGAAGAAGACAAGUUACUUGCAAUGUCUGCAACAAAGAUUUUUCUUCCAGGAGCUGUAGUCUGGGCCAAGGUGGAUGAUAGCAAAGGGUGGUGGCCGGCACUGGUGGAGGAUUGGAUGGAUGUGCCUAUAACGGUUCGGCUAUUACAGGAACACGAGAGCGACCAUGUAGUGAGGCUGCUAUUGCGAGAAGCCGGGGAGACAAAACACCUAUGCAUGAAACCACAGUUUCUCAAGGACUUUCUGUCAAAUAUGGCUCAAUUUAGAGGGCAAAGGGCCAAUCAGCUGCUGCCACGUACCCCGCCAUUGAAGCAGCUGGGGAGGAAGCUGAAGGAGGGUGAAAACAGUUUGGAAGAACGACAGAGGGACCAAUCAGGAGGUGCCAGGUGUCCGGCUAGUGAGGUGCUGUGUAGGGCGACUAGAAGCAGCAGUAGCCAUCCCCCCAAGGCUGAGGUAGUUGGUGCGAAGCAGAGUGUGAGGGGGAGUGAAAGAGUGAGUGGGAGGGAGAGUGAAAGAGUGCGAGUGCGUGAAAGGGUGAGUGAGCAGCAGCGGUUUGAGACGCCUCAGAAAAGGAGGGUGACUAGAGCAGGCAGCAAGGCAGGGGUAGACCGCACGGCAGGAACAACAAGCAAGUCAGGUGCAGGGGCAGGUGGAAAAGUGGUCGGCAGGCUAAGUCCCAACAGGCGAUUGGAUGUGGAUAGAUUACUGGAUACGACCACCUCAAGCCAGGUGAAAGCCCAGGUGAAUCCUCAGGUGCCGGAGAAGUCUGGAAGGGCAGGCAAGGCGGGUGCAGGCUGUGAGGGGCGUGAUGGAGAUGGUAGCAUCGGUGCUGCUGAUAGGGAUUUGGUUGGUAGUGAUAAGGAGUUGUGUGCGGUUGAUAAGCUAGGUGCCGCUGAUAAGAAGCUAGCAAAGGCUGAUAAGGAGAUAACAAACGAGACUAAGUUGGCGGCUGUAGCAGAGCGUGAGACUAGGGAGUCAACCAUGCCAGCUGUAGUAGAUCGUGAGGUUGAGGGUCUCAGGGAACAACUGUGGCGGGAAGAGUGGGAUGAAGAGGAGGUUGAGAUGGGUCUGAGGGUGGAUGGUGGGGAGGAGGGCGGGGAGGGGAGAGAGGACAGGAGAGAGGAGGACGGAGCAGAUGAGGGGGUUGGGCAGGAGGAGAAGGAAAAGAGGGGCGGGAGGAGAAGGGAUGGGGGCAAGGAGGAGAAGGAGAAGGGGAGGAAAGAGGAAGAGAAGCAGGAAAAGAAGAGAAGGUUAAAAAAGGGGGUGGAUGGAGACGGGUGUGAGGCAAGGGGAGGGAAGGAGGAUAACGGGGAGGAGGAGGAAGAGGGAGAGGAGAGUGACGACACAUCGGAUGAGUAUGGGGAUAGCUGCAAGCGGUGCCACGAAGUUGGGUUCAUGCUUUGCUGUGACGGCAAGGCAUGCAGUGCCACAUACCACCUGCACUGCUUGGACCCUCCCCUGGAUGACGUCCCCCCUGGUCUCUGGUUCUGCCCUGACUGCACCCACAAGCGCUUCUCCCUGGGAGUGCAUGCGGUGCACCACAAACCUCACAACGAGCACGACCAGCAGCAGCAGCAAACCCACCAUUGCGACCAUCCCCCGACCUUCUGUGCUGAUUGUAGCGGUGAGAAAGAGGGCAUGACUGCGGAAACACCCAGCGGGGUUGGGCUUGAGGAGCGGAAACACCCUGGCAACUCUGGACCUGGGGGGGCUGUGCCGGCUAAGUGCGAGUACUUUGUUAAGUGGAAGGGUCUGUCCCACGCGCACAACAGCUGGGUGGAUGAGGCAUGGCUUGCAAUCAACGCUCCCAGACAGCUCGCGAUCUUUAAAGCCCGAGCGGCUACAGUGGAGUUCUCCCCCACGUGGAACCCCCACUGGGCCCAACCAAAGAAGCUCAUAGCAAAGCGGUGCACGUGGGAGCUGGCCAAUGGGAGCGUGCUGCAGGGGGCUGCUGGGCGACGUUUGUUGGCUCGGUUCUGGGAGAGGGAGCAGGGUGAGCAGGGGGGAGUGGUGGUGGACGGGGGGAGAGACGGCAGGGGAGAAGGAGUUGGGGUUUUGACGACACGGCAUGCUCUGUGCGCCAUACCGGACCGCUCUGCACCGCACUGGAUCGCAAUGCCUGACGCCCCGAUGCAGCAGCAGCUGGGGAAUCUGAACGCCCUUAGGAGUCGUGCUGGGACUAGGGAGGUGAUUAAACGGUGGGAGCUUAAAAAGGAGGAGGAGGAGGAGGAGGAGGAGGAGGGGGAGGAGGAGGAGGAGGAGGAGGAGGAGGAGGAGGAGGAGGAGGAGGAGGAGGAGGAGGAGGAGGCUGACAUGGUCAUCACGACACCUCUUGUCUUUUCCAUAGAGCGUUCAUACCUGGAGGAGGUGGCAUGGGGCGCCAUAGCAGUGGAUGGCAGCACACAGCUGUGGUCGGCACACGAGGCCAGUGCCACCCGUUCCAUGGGGUGGCCGCGUUCCGUCUUUUCCCUGCACGCCUGCCUGCGCGUCCUGCUUGCCCCACACGAACCCGAGGCAUACAGCUGGGAUGUUGGGGAUGUGGCAAUCAUGCUUCACGACAGUCGCCUCACCUCAUAG